AUGGCAGUAGUGGUUUUUUUGAAAGUGAUUCGAAUGUCCCGCGCGUCAUGCGCGUCGGUGCGGCACGCCACCUUAGCGCUUGCAAGCGCAACACACAUCCGGCUGGGCCUUGUUGCUCCCCAACAAUGGAGUCAUCGUGAAAGUGCGUCCCUCUACAACGUUCUCGUGUUACUUGUGGGCUGUGUACGAAUUUCCCGAACGUCUUGCGAUCGUCGACGACGAUUUGUGUUCGCGUCGCGCCGUGCGAACGCGCCGAUGAUGGAAGCCCCCAGCUCGGAAGGCGUCGUCAUUACGGACAUUUCCGAAGCCGAACAUCUUGCGAACGAGCACGAUGGCGGCGAGAGCGGCGACCAGCCGGCGGGCGUCGGUGGCGAAGUCGACGACAAGUCACGCGUGACAAUCCAGGCGGUGCGCCAUGGCGGCGUUCCCGUCACGCUGCCCGUGGGCUCACUUAUCACCUCCACCUUCAACGUCAUCACACAGGAGCAGCUUUCGCACUUCAAGCCUAUGCUCUGCGUGGACAAUAAUGGCUAUAUUGCGACGGACGCCGCCGGCGGCGACUUGAAAACGAUCGUCAUCCAAGAAGAUGUGAGUGGAAACAGCACCCCUGCGGCGGUAAGCGCGUCGGUGGGGUCAUGGAACGAAGCUGCUGGUCUGCCAAUUCUUCCGGUGAGAUGUAAGAACACCUCGGCGGAGUUGCACAAGAAUCGCUUCGGCUCCGGCGGUCGAGGUAGGUGCAUCAAGCUAGGCAACACUUGGCACACUCCCAGCGAAUUUGAAGCACUUUGCGGUCGCGCAUCUAGCAAGGACUGGAAACGAAGCAUUCGGUUUGGCGGCCGAAGUUUGCAAACUCUCAUUGACGAAGGAAUCAUACUACCACAUGCCACGAGCUGCACGUGUUCCGCAUGCUGUGAUGAUGAAUCUGCAACUGGUCCAGUCCGGCUAUUCACACCAUACAAAAGAAAAAGAAGGAAGGAAAUGAUGGAUGGUUCAAUGCAUAAAAAAAUGAAAGAGAGCGGCGAUGAGUCCGACGGCGAGCCUGGAAUUCUUACGAAAGACGAAGCCUGGCAGAGUCUCACCGACGGCCUCGACUCCAGUGAGUACCUGAUGGAGACAACCGGUUCCGACCCGGUGCCGAUCCUACGACGCCUCACCGAAAUCUCCGGAGCAAUCACCCGCCUCGCCGCUGAAUUCAAACGUGGCGUUGAAGAACUCAAAUGUAUUCACAGCAAACAAUCCGAUCAGUUCCAGCGCGAGAAAGAGGCCGCAGUACUGGCGGCGAGGGUUGAAGCACAAGUCGCCGCGCUUCAACCUGACAAUGAUAAUACCCUGCAGCCAGCAUUGGAUAACGAAGCGCAUAAAAAAUGCGCGAAUUGUAAUCGUGAGGCGUUAGCGGAGUGUUCCCUAUGUAGACGAACGCCGUACUGUUCUACAUUCUGCCAGCGUAAAGAUUGGGCGUCCCAUCAGGUAGAAUGCGUACGGGGCGUCACUCAAGAUGCACCUCAGCAGUCCAUUAUGUUGAUCGUCGAAAGCGCGGAUCAGCAAUAGUCUGAUUCAGCGUUUUUUUAUGAAGUAUUUUAUUAUUUUAAUUCUCUUGACAUUUAAUUUGUUUGAUUGCCAUUUAAGGAAUUUUUCUUGUACAAAAAAUGAUGUAGAUAUAUUGUGAUGAAACAAAUUUUAAAACAA